AGCAGUCUUGCUUCCGAUCUGUGUAUUCGUUGCGUCUUGCUGCAGACGAUUGCGUAUUGUAUCAUCUGCAAUCUCACCAUUUGUUUUCCCCUGGCUGUACUGGAGGCUACACCAAUCUUCCCGAUCUAAAAUCGUGUUCGCCGUAGCAUACAAUGGCAACAAAGAUAUCGGAAAACUCGUAUGAGCCCCGCCAAUCGCGGCAUGUGUCCGAAUCCAUUACUCCUGCCGACGGAGAUGUCUGGCAGGAGCGCCUAGCGGUAUGUGAAGGCAUGACGAACCAGGGCGAACUAAAAUUGAUGAUACGCUCCUUUUUUCGCAACGCACGCACCCACAAGCGAGUUUGGGAUGAACAACCCUCGGGUGCUAGCAACGUUAUCCACGCUGGUGCCGAAAUGCGCAAGCUUGCCCAACUACAAAAGGAGGAGCUACAGUUGACUUUGAACAUGAUACCUUCUGAAGAGGCACGCGAGCCGGAGAAACUUAUUAAAAAGAAAAAGGGCCUCUUUGGGAGGUUUAAAAGAAAGGACAAGUCAUCGCACCGGGACGAGUCCAAGGAUUUGAAUUUACAGCGAGCUAUUGAAAGAAGCAUGUCGGAGACGCAAGGUGACGCCGAGCCAGUGGUUUAUUUCAGGACCGAGAGCAAUGCUGGCUUCGAUCAUACGACCCAUUCCCCUUCGAGACCAACGGAAGACGAGGAAUUACAGCUCGCAAUGGCAUUGAGUAUGUCAGAGGUAAGCGAAAGCCAACACGAUUCCACAAAUGAUUUUGGUUUGUCAGAAGAGGAGCUUUUCCAAAGAGCCCUUCGCGCAAGUAAGAAAUUCUCCGAAACCGAGUCUAGCAAUUCCUAUCUUUCGAAAGCUACGGAUCGCUCUGACGACGAACGUCGUGCCUUGCAACACCCAUCGGGAGUUGUCACGCCGUCAGCUUCGAUUUCAUACCAGGGAAAAACUGACCCAAACGAAAGAUAUCGUCUGGCAGUGAGUAAGACGACAAACAAGAAGCCGCCGCCGUCUUGCGGCCACAGCACUGAAGAUUCCAGACUUUUGUAG